CUGCUGGAUCGACUUAACCUAGGCCAAGCAUGCUGGCGGUGUCAAAAAUGUCCUUUCAUUCUCAUUUCACUCUGGUUUGCGAGGACACUCAACAAAGAACAGUACUAUGGAAUCUGCUUCGACAGUUUGGCUCUGUGCGUGCUUGUUGUAUGAGCCAGUGAAGUUUACGUGCAAUGGAGCUCCUCUACGGUUCAGAGAGAAAAGUGGUGGCGAUAUCUUCUGGAUUAGGAGACCGCCAGGUAGUGAUCCGUCACUUUGUGUUGUGCUCGGAUCUGGAAGUACCAAGCGUGAGGCAACGGCCAAGGCUAAUAAUUAUUUGGAGAGGGUUGGGAGAAUUCAUGGAGAAGAGGGACUGACGGUGUUGCAGUUUGAAUGCACUCAAGAUACACAAUUUUCCGAGGACUUUUGAAGAUGAUUUAGUUUUUAGUUCAGCUGACGAUAUAUCUGUAAGAUUGUGACUUUAACUAUGUGAUUUAGUGACUAGCCAUUGACCUCAUGCUCUUGAAUAUUUUAUAUGUUAGUUAGUGAUAGUUGAAUUUAUAAUGCCAAUGAUGAAGUACUUACUAUGGCAUCAGCACAAGACUUUGUACUUUUAUUUUUGAUCAAAUUAAACUUUUAAUACGUCCAA